CACCGUCUGUCUCUCUCCGAGUGUUUGUCUGUCUGUCUCUCUGUGAGUAUCUGUCUGUUAGUGGGCCGGUCUCUGCGUCUUGUGGGCUGGGUCAUGAGACUCCAGGGGUGGGUCUCCUUCGGUAACCUCGCAGCUGGAUUUCUCUCUUCAGCAUCCAGGAGGCAGGCGGCUCUCCUCAGCUACAAACACGUGUGUCAAUUCAGUCACUCCGGAGCGAACAUGGCAGAGGAGGCGAAGAAACUGGCCGCUUACGCCGCUGUGGACAACCACGUCCAGAACAACCAGGUGGUCGGAGUGGGCAGCGGUUCAACCAUCGUCUAUGCUGUGGACAGAUUAGCUGAGAGAGUGCGUCAGGAGAAGCUCAACAUCGUGUGUGUGCCCACCUCCUUCCAGGCUCGUCAGCUGAUUCUGCAGCACGGCCUCACGCUGUCGGAUCUGGACAGGCACCCAGAGCUGGAUGUGGCGAUCGACGGAGCGGACGAAGUGGACGCAGAUCUCACGCUGAUAAAAGGUGGAGGCGGCUGCCUGACUCAGGAGAAGAUCGUCGCCGGCUGCGCGAAACACUUCGUCGUCAUCGCCGACUACAGGAAGGAUUCCAAGGCUCUGGGCCAGCAGUGGAAGAAGGGAGUUCCCAUUGAGGUGAUCCCCAUGGCGUACGUUCCCGUCUCCAGGACCAUCGCCAGACGCUUCGGAGGGGAGGCCAACUUACGGAUGGCUGUCAGCAAAGCCGGUCCUGUGGUCACCGACAACAGCAACUUCAUCCUGGACUGGAAGUUUGAGCACGCUCAGAACUGGAAGGACGUCAACACGGCCAUCAAGAUGAUUCCAGGUGUGGUGGAGACGGGGCUUUUCGUCGGCAUGGCUGAACGGGCUUACUUCGGGAUGGAGGACGGAAGCGUGCAGGUUCGGGAUCCUCCGGUCAACUGAGGAGUUUUCUGUAAUCACCCUCUCUCGCCACCCCUUGAAAUGACCUCACCUUCUCCCGCAAGUGCCGUGUUCACGAUUUACAGCCGUCUCAGACUGUGUUUGGACCGAACUGCACCUCCUGACAAACUGGACUAAACCUGAGCAGGGAAGUUUUCACACACCUCAAGACCAGAUAUCACUUGAUUUUUCUCAUCCUGCAGGUGGUGCUUCUGAUUCCGUGAGUUUUAAAGUGCCUGAUGAGGAAAAUCAAGAGCAUCUUAUACACAGUUUUUUUUUUUUCAGUCAGUGUUUCGUUGCUCAGUUUGGCUGCCUGGUCUCACUGGGAAUGUUGGCUCGUCCUGUAAUUGGUGGGUUUGACUGAACGUCUGCAGGGCUGCGUGUUGAAUUGCUGCUGUGCUGCAGAAUGAGGUGUGCCUUGACAUUAUAUUUUAAAUCCUUUGAAAAUAAAUGACAUGAUUAAAGUUACAUUUAAAUGCUCACAAUCAUACAUCAAACUAUUACCUGUUAGGCUGCUGCUGAAAGUCCACUAGUGGAGACUUUGUAAACGGUUAGAAAGACGAUUUGCCUCGAAGUCUUUUUGUUUAAUUAGAUCACAGAAGGGGGAGUAAUAUGAACCAUAUACUACAACAUAAGGAUUUUUUUUGCAAGAAAUUAACUUCUUUAAUUAGUAUGCUAAUUUAAACCACAAAAAAAGCUCCAAAAAUUAAUGAGAUCGUUGACAAUUUAGGGGAACCCUGUGGUGCAGGUGUGAAGCUUAAUAUCGUGUCGAUUCUGCUGGUGUUUAAACAGACGUGUCAACACGUGGUUUGAAAAAUACAACAGAGAACAAAAAACCUGCAGGAUGUAGCUGUGGGUAGUGUCACUUUGCAGAAAAAAGGGCUGAGACCCAUCGAACCUCAGGGCGAGGUGAAAUCGUGCACUUCCUGUUGCUGAGACAUGCUCAUGCUCUGUCCUGCAGCAGCCCCUCGUCUUGUACAGGCUUGUGACAGCAUAGUGAUGCAUUUCACAUCAUCUCAACCAUUCAGCCACACAUGCCAACAAAUUUACAUCUGUUGAAUUUAAACAUAUGAAUUAUAGCCGCUGAUGCCGCGAGCCAGCGAUCUGGUUCCUUGCUCCGAGUGAGACAGUGGAAAUGUUUUAUGGUUUCCUCUCAGCUUCAACAGCAGCUCCUGCAGAGUAGUAGCUAAUCUGGAGGGUUAAAGUCCACCGCCUCUCACUGUUUGACUAAAACAAACCGCUGAAUGUGUUCUUUCAUGCAUGAACCUCCUAUUUUUUUUGUGCCUGUAAGCAACUUGCAUGACAGUUUCUUUUUUGUUACACAAGCCGUGUGGUCAGAGGAAGUCUUGUGCCAUAAAGUUCAUUUUAAAUACAGCUAAAGAAAGAAGAAGAAGAAGUCAGCUAAUGGUGAACUGAUGCUCUGAUCUGAAACAACAGCACUACAAGUACAUUUUAUGUGCCUUGGCACAUCAAAGCAAUAGAACAACCAUCUUUAUUCAGAUGUAGCAAAAUGAACAGAUUAUGUAGCUGUUUAUAAUGUAGGAACAGCUGCCACUCAGCAUCACUGCUACCUGUUGAAGGUGUUGUAUACGAUCUUAUGCUCAGCAUGUAGCAGGUUUCAAUGACAUAAUGUGUCUCAAGUCCACAGCACAGUUGAAUUGUCUAAAAAAUCUUUCUUUAUACCAAGAACAAGUGACUUUACUGUCCGGAACAACCAUCGUUUGUUUGAAAUUUUGUGUUAAUUUGUCUUUUCUUUCUGUACGAUUGAUAAUUCAUUUUGAAAAGCAGCUUUUCACUCUGCUCUUGGCUCUCGAUGCCUUACACUGUGGGUUUCUUCUUGUAUGUUUGUGUUUCUCUAUGUGCAGCUCUGAGAGACUCAGGAGAACAUCAAGGGUGGGAAAUUUAAUACAAUCAAGCAAAUGCAGUUGGCUGACACGUUUGUCUACAAGCCCACUCUUAUUAGGUACAGGCAAGAUUCUAGUCGAACUCUUCUCUCAGAAAUCAAAAGGAUGCCUCAGUGGUGUGUAGACAAAGUGAAAGUUAACUGAAAUGAGAAUGUGUGGCCCAGUUUGGGUCCAGUUCAAGUUGUUGGAUAUUUUUUGCACCAGCAUUUCUUUUAUUCCUUUCUUUACCAACUGACUGUGAUAAUGGUUUUGCUGUGAAGGUACUAUUCUCAAUACAGGACCAAAAUGAUAACAGUAUGACUCUGUGUUUGAUUUCUGAUGAUUCUGUGAAAACUUCUAGAUCCUAGAGCAGAAACAACUAGUCAAUGACUCAAUAAAUCAAUUGUCGGAAAUUAAUUUGGCAAUAAUUUUGAUCAUCAAUCAUUAAAAAUGUCAAACAUUCACUGGUUCUAGCUUCACAGAUGUGAAGGUUUGCUG